GUUUAACAAAAAUAUAAAAAACCAUAUACUAAUAAUGACUUAAACCUUUUGCUCCUGUUUUUAAAAACCUUUUCCUGUCCCCCGCCCUCUCGUUCACCCUGUGCCUCUUCAGUGGGUUGAAACAUGGAAAUGGUGUGCGUGUCUCUCAGACACCUCUGAGGGUGACCUUUUUCUCUUCCCACGGACGUGCAUCGGAAAUUGCAUACGUAACUAUCUACGGCCUACCUCCAUAGGCUUGUGUGUGCGUAUGCGUGUGCGUCUAACUGCCGUUGCCGCCGGCGACGCUUCACAGGUUCACGCCUCCCUCACAUCCGAUGCUCGUACAUGUGUGAUGUUUCUCUCUCUUGUCCAUGAGUUUUGUGUGUGUGUGUGGCAUGCACGCAUGGAUGCACGCGGGCUGUUUCUUUCUUUUCUUUUUCUCUACCUGUCUGUCCCAGACACUUAAUGUACGUGCGUCGUUCAUUGCCUCGUUUUUGCACGUUUGCAUUAGUUUGGUCUCACCAGUGCGGCACUUAUUAUUAUCAUUUUUGACACUUGUUUCCUUGUCUCGCCCCAUUGCUUCUCCCUUGUCUAUCAGGUGCCGUGGGUAUUGUAUUGUACAUUCUACAAGUACGUACUUCUCGGUGAAGCGGGUUGACGGUACGGAGUUGGUCUUUCCCGGCGUCUUCGCUCGGGCAAGGAGAUCCACGGCGGUGGCUCUUUCGGAUAACCGAUAGCCGGCACUUUGGAGAGCAAGAAUGGUUGUUCUGUCGCCGUCUCUCGUAUAUUCUGAAACGGUCGGCUUAGACUGUUUAACGUUGGCUAUUUAAUAAUUAUAAUUCCAGUCAAGGGUGUGGUGCUGCCAUUACUGAAGAGGCAGGGGCUCCUGCUCGUGCGAGAGGGGUGCUGCGGCGCUGAC